CCUUCGUUUACAACAGUAAAAUAUUGGGUGACAGAGUUUAAACGAGGCCGUACGAGCUGCGAAGACGAACAUCGCAGUGGUCGACCAAGUGAGGUGGCCAUUCCAGAAAUGGUGAAGAAAAUCCACAAAAUAGUAUUGGGUGACCGUCGAUUGAAAGUGCGCGAGCUAGCAGACAUGGUAAACAUUUCAAAAAGUGCUGUACAUCGCAUAUUGGCUGAAAAUUUGGAGAUGAGAAAGCUGUGCGCAAGGUGGGUGCCGCGCUUGCUCACAAUCGAACAAAAGCAGCGUCGAGAGGAUGUUGAGUUAAAGUUCGAAUUGCUUCCCCACACACCCUAUUCGCCAGAUUUAGCCCCCUCGGAUUAUUUUCUCUUUCCAAACUUGAAAAAAUGGCUCGGUGGUAGAAGAUUUACCAACAAUGAAGAGGUGGAGUCUGCGGUUAAUGGCUAUUUUGAGGAGUUCAACGGUUCUUAUUAUAAACAGGCCAUUGAAGCUAUUGAACAUCGCUGGGAAAAGUGUAUCGAGCUAAAAGGAGACUAUGUUGAGAAAUAA